AUGCGCCGGCAUCAACGGUCCAAGGACAUGGGCUCCUAUCACCCUUGUGCUGCUCACCAGUCCGGGAGGAAGGGCCCCGAGGAGGGCUGUGCCGCGGGCGGGACCGUGACGUUGAGGUCAAGGCGGGGCCUCUUCUUGUUCCUCCCCCGGCCGCGGCCGCCGCGGCGGUGGCUUUGCAUCUCCAAAAGCUGCCCUCCGACUUCUCACUGGGCCAGUCCGGCGCUGAGUGGCGGAGCCUCGCGCUGCUCCCGCCGGCCUCGGAGCGGGACUCCCUUCUCCCCAGAGUUACGAGCAACUUUCCCCGCCCCUGGCGCUAAAGUGGCUCCGGGACCGUGGCAGCCGCAGGUGGGUGAGCCCCGGGCCCGGCUCUCUGCAACUCGGCUGUGCGCUCGCCCAGGUCAAGCCCUCGGCGCGUGCACCGUCGGGGUCCCCGGCGUCGGCUCUGCGGGCGAGAUGCCUCUGGGACACAUCAUGAGGCUGGAUCUGGAGAAGAUCGCCUUGGAGUACAUCGUGCCCUGUCUGCACGAGGUCGGCUUCUGUUACCUGGACAACUUCCUAGGCGAGGUGGUGGGCGACUGCGUGCUGGAACGAGUCAAGCAGCUGCACUACAACGGGGCUCUACGUGACGGCCAGCUGGCGGGGCCGCGCGCCGGCGUCUCCAAGCGGCACCUGCGGGGCGACCAGAUCACGUGGAUCGGGGGCAAUGAGGAGGGCUGCGAGGCCAUCAACUUCCUCCUGUCCCUCAUCGACAGGCUGGUCCUGUACUGCGGGAGCCGGCUGGGCAAAUACUAUGUCAAGGAGAGGUCCAAGGCAAUGGUGGCUUGCUAUCCAGGAAAUGGAACAGGUUAUGUCCGCCAUGUGGAUAACCCCAAUGGUGAUGGCCGCUGCAUCACCUGUAUCUACUACCUGAAUAAGAAUUGGGAUGCCAAGUUACAUGGAGGGGUUCUGCGGAUAUUUCCAGAAGGGAAAUCUUUCGUAGCAGACGUGGAACCCAUUUUUGACAGACUUCUGUUCUUCUGGUCAGACCGCAGGAACCCGCAUGAAGUUCAACCCUCCUAUGCUACCAGGUACGCUAUGACUGUCUGGUACUUCGAUGCUGAAGAAAGGGCAGAAGCCAAAAAGAAAUUCAGGAAUUUAACUAGAAAAACUGAAGACUGACUGUGGUGUGAAAUCCGCUGGCCUCGUUCAUUUAGUAGUGGUUCCUGAGAUUUUAAAAGUCAAGAGCCAAAGAGUCUGUAAAAUCCCCCCACUGCCUCCAUCACUCACAUCCCUGUCUUGUUUGUGGUACUUCAUGUUUUCUUGCCAGGACUGUGUUGACUUUCAGAUACUUUCUUUGCCAGAUGAACUCAUUAGCUAACUCUAGAAAUACCUGCCGACAUCUUUAUUGGCCAGCGGUUUAACUGAUAGAUUUGGGGAUAUGGCUGUUGAGACAGGAGCCCAGGAGUGACUCUUAUUUGCACUUUAUAUAUACUUCCUGAUUUGAAAGGAGGAGGUUUGCAAAAUGCAUUGGUGACGUAUGCCACAAAGAGGCACCCUUGAAACCUUAGCAGCAAGAAGCGGAGAUACAUAUCAUCUCAACAAUUUCCAGAUGUUAACCUGAGACUGGACAGUUACGACAACCUAAUGACGUUAUUACCUCUAGAAAGAGCUGCUGUCAUCGUGAUCAAUUUGUAAAUGUCCUAUGGUGGACACUCCUUUUUCCUGGCCCCUAACCUGAACUUUGUAAAUCAGUGACUUUCUUGUUGAAGAUGACACCACCAUUACUCUCUAUUUUCACUUCUUACUUGGAGAACCUAAUUAUACAGAGAAUAAAACUGGCCGUGUA